AUGACAACUACCGAAUCUUUAUCACGCGUUUUGAGCGUCAAGCCGCAGAAAAUCGUGACGCCACAUCGAGGCCAGAUGCUGCCCAAUGGAGAUGAAAUCUUUCAACUUUCCGACACUGGAGGCCAGAUGCUGAGCCUGUAUAUUUGGCUGCUCGAUAUUUUCGAGCUUCCAGACUCAGUAGACCGAGAUAAGAUUAUUUCCAAUCUGAAUAAAGGUCUUGAGCGUGCUCUUGGUGACCACCCAGAACUUAUGGGGACGAUGCAUUUCGACAACGUCACCAAGCGCAUCAUCAUCAAGAAGCCUGAGGAGGCCACAGCAGCAUUGCACAUCAAAGAUGCCACGAAAGCUACAGAUGAGAAAGGCAAGCUCCCAUCUUAUGCCUGGUAUCAUGAGCAUGACUACCCUGUACACCGCUUCGAGGUUGCCAAGCUCAUCCCAGCUGAGGCUGCCUCGUUACCCAUGGUGGUUGCAGAAGACUUGGACACGCCGGGUCCCGUGGUUGCCGCAUUCCAAGCGACUUUUAUCGAGGGCGGUGUAAUUAUAGGAACAGCCAUCAGUCAUCAAGUUAGCGAUGGGCUCGGCGUUGAUGCCUUUUCUACUACAUGGGCAGCCUACUCCAAGGAAGCUACAACAGGCCAAUCAGCCAACCUUGAGCCCGAGAUUCUACCACACAGCCUGUUUACCGCAGCGAACAAGCCUACAUCAGAGGAAUGGGAGAGCUUGCGAGGCAAGUUCCCGACCAUGAAGUACAACCUGAAGCCGUUUCCACCGCCACCAGCCGACUUUGUACCUCCCGUCGUCACUACGCGCGUAUUCCACUUUCCAAAAAGCAAACUGGCCAAGCUCAAGGCUGAGUGCAGUAUUGGAUUGCCCGUGGAUGGUAUUGACUUCAUCUCAUCAUACGACGCCGUGGCUGCACUGUGGUGGCGAGUCCAGCUCCGGGCGCGACAGCCCUGGCUCAAAUUCGACGACCAGGCUUCCACCAGCGCCAUCCACGCUGUAAACAUGCGCACUCGCGUCGAGAAGCCCAUCUCGUCGCGCUACAUUGGCUGCAGUGUUGCGAUCCCUCGGUCGAAUCCGCUGACGGUCGGCCAGGUGUUGGAGGGCUCUCGCGAGACAACGCUGCCGGUGUUGGCGCGGACGAUCCGCAGCGUCACCAAACAAGUGACGCCAGAGUACAUCCAGAAGCAGAUGGCGUGGGGUGCCGGCAGCCCCGACCAGCGCUGGACCGAGCUCGACAUGCCCUGGGUUCACGGCCUUGACUGCAUGGGCAUCGGCUGGCACGACAUGAAGCCCUAUACCAUGCACGACUAUGGCUUUGGCCUGCCGACUGGCUUCCGCUGGCCCCAGAUGGCGUUUGAGAGCUUCUUCUUCAUGAUGCCGAGCCGCGUUGGCAAAAAGGGUGCUCGUCCUGACGAGGGCAUGGAGGUCACAUUUAGUGCCGAAGAGAGUUGUUAUCCACGCAUUGAGGCAGACGAGGAGUUGUUGGCUUAUUGCGAGCAAAGGGGUCUAGGAUCAUGA